AACGCAGUGGCCCACUUUCCUAAUUAGAGAUCUUGGUUUCCUAACUUUCGUGGCUAUGUCCCUUAAUAAUUUAUAAUCUAAUAUUAUUAUAUUUUCCUACGCCAUUUAGAGAUUUUGCCCCAUUCCUGGAGUGCAAGGGGGUAAUGUGAUAGUCUAUCUAUAUGUAGCUCCUUUUUUUCUCAUAUGCUGUUGCGAAAUCUUUCCAAGCCUAGGUAGCUCCUAUUUGUUUUUCCGCUACCUAGUUGAAGAUCGAUCGAGAUGGGGUGUUUUCUUGAACUGUUAUUGCGUUGCUUCGGGGGUUGCUUUGGGAUCCAACAUCAUGACCGGAGGCGGAGCCCUAAGGCCUCUAUGAAUGCAAAGGUAAAGGCUUUGGAGCCACGGAAGAAGAAGGAAAUCGCAAAGCUCCUUGGUCGUCCUGAUCUCAUUCACAUCGGGACCAAUCUUUACGAAGAUGUAAUAUUAGACUGUGAUAUUGUCAUGAACCCUGACCUCAUUGAAGUGGAAUGUGACUCUCACCUUGAUGCUGUGAAAAAGCAAGCCUUGUUUGACCAAGUGAUUCUUCCACUACGGAGGCCUGAGCUGUUCUCCCACGGCGGCAAGCUCCUCGGUGGUCCACAGAAAGGAGUCUUGCUCCAUGGACCACCGCCGAGUAAUACUGGCAAAGCAACAUUGCUUGCUACAGCCAAAUUUAUAGCGAAAGAGUCUGGAGCCGUCUUCAUCAAUGCAAGGAAGAUAGCGAAUGUGAUCAUGAGCAAUCGGUUCAGCGAUUGUGAUUCUGCAGAGAAACGGCAACUCAUUGCUGCUGUGUUUAGCCUAGCUUAUAAACUCCAGCCUGCUGUCAUAUUUAUUAAUGACAUGGAUAGUUUCUUGGGGCAACUCUCCCAAACCAACAUGAAAACUGAGUUCACGGACUUAUGGGAUUGCUUUUUUACAGACCACAAGCAUGAGCAUGCUCAAGUACUGGUUCUAGCCACCACUAGUAAAUGUAAUCGUGCAUCACCGGAGCUUGACGAAGCAAUACAAUGGCGCCUUCCUCGGGUCUUGGAGAUUCGGAUGCCCCGGAGGAAGGAGAGGGCAGAGAUACUAAAGUUGAUUUUGAAGGGCGAGAGAGUUGAACACAAUAUUGAUUAUGACCACGUAGCUGCAUUGACUGAGGGUUACGCAGUUUCAGAUCUUUUCCAACUUUGCAAGAAAGCAGCUUACGUUCCUAUCAGAGAUCAUCUACUGUAUGAAGAAAAGAGUGGAAUUAAACAAUCGUCUCCGCCAAGGCCAAUGUCACAGUUGGAUUUAGAGAACGUACGUGGUGAUUGUACAACUUAUUCCAUACUUGAACAAGUUGUUACAGCAAAUGACGACUAUAUCAGCAUUACUGGAUCAAACUCACAAUGAGAAUCACCAUCAACAGCUGAAACGGAUAGUGAGCUCUUUAGCCUUUAGUUAUAGAGGUAAAGAUGACAGUAAUGUGAUGGAGAAGAGAGACAGAGAAGCAGGAAAUACCAUACUUGUAAACGAUAUAUCAAGAGUGCGCAGCGGCACCAAAAAAAGGAAGCAAAAGGUGGAUUCACCGGGACAUGCACCAAUUGACAAUUAACGAAUGGAGAGACACAAUAUCAUAUAGGCAUAGAAAGUAGUUAGAGAUCGAACGAUUUAAGGCUUCAAGACACAAUGUAACAUUAUGUCUGUGAAUGCUCAUCAUUAGUUAUACGUGUGUGUAUAUAUAUACACCUUUCGUGUUGUUUAACGUACUUGAGGAUUUACUGAGCAAUUAACGUAUUUUACUCUGGUGAAGCAACA